GGCUACACUAGCCUACGAAGGAGUUGAGCCGAGGUCCAGGGUUCUUAAGCAAAGAGGUGCACCUAGCCAACUAGUACAUGAUGCGUGCUUUCUAACAGCACAUGGCGAUGCCAGAAACAAGGGCCGCCAAGGCAGCGAGGCUCGCAGCGGCUCACCUGUCUGGCGACGGCCCCUCGGCGCGGGAUGUGUACGCUGCACUGGCGCGGCUGCGGCGGCUGCGGCGGCUGCGGCGGCUGCACAUGGGCACCUAUGACGGGCUGCAGCACAUACGGCUGCUGGCGGAGCCACUGCCGGCAGCGGCGGCGGCGGCGGCGGCGGAGCCAAUGACGCCGGCGGUGGCGCCGCCGCCACUGUAGGAGCUGGAGCUGGGAACUAAGUACAGCUUAGGCAACCACGAUGAUGCCAUGCAUAUGUCGCAGGCGGCGGCGGAUGCGCUGCCAGCGCUGCCGCACCUGUGGCGGCUGCGGCUGUAAGAGCAGUCCCGCACGUGCAUCAGCCUGGGCGUGUUGCUCGGCGGGCGGCUGCCGCCGCGGCUGCGGGCGCUGGAGCUGGGGGCGCGUGCUUACACCUUUGGCCCCUGGGGUGCGCAUUACGUAUACUGACUGCGUAUGCAAGAGCAGUUGGGGGUGGUCGUGGCGCUUGCAGGUGGGCAAUGUAGCGCGUAGAUGGGGCCAAAAGCCCAAGAGGAUGCAGCAGGGGUGGCAGGAUGAUUUUGGGUGAGAUGAAGGUGUUAGGGUUGCGUGCGGGUUUGACGUGACCGACCUUGUGCUAGUGGCCACUUGUGUGCGCACGUGGGACUCGUGGUCCGGAGGGUGUCCACGACCACGCUCAAGCACGGUGGACAGUGCUCAAGCACGCUGGUUAGCGACUGCCCUGCGGGGCGACGACGCGCUGCCUGUGGAGCGCAUCGGCGCGGGAUCCCAACGAUUUCUCUUGCCCGAUCCAGUGGUUGACUCGCACUGUCAGGAUUCCUUGUUGUGGUCUCGUUUUAGGCGCAAGGAGUAGGUUCCUAGGGCCGAAAUACAGCCUCAUGUCUCUGGCCCGACAACGUAACGGUAUUGGAGCGCCCAUCCGGCUGCCAACUAAUGCAUGGCGGGACGUUUGGGGCCGUGCUGUGUUAUUGAGCUGCUGCGCGCCGGUUGCAAACGGUUGAGGGCUCUUGGCGUGUGCAAGUGCGGUUAUGCGGCGGUGCGUGUCAGCAGGAGCACUGGACGCUAGGGCGCCACUGUUCCGAGCUGGUGAAACUGAAUCAGAUGCGUCAGGCUCGCGGCGCCAUGCCCUUGUGAGUGCGGGGCAGGCAUGUAGCAGUGGAGGGGUGGGGCUGUUGGGACCGGGUCCGGCUAGGCCGCGUGCCCCGCUGCGUGGCACAGCGUGGCGGCCGCGCUGGCGGGUGCUCAAAUGCAGGUGGCUCUGGCGGCGGCUGUGUCAGGCAGCAGCAGCAAGCUGCACGUACUGGUACUGUACAACUGUUAAAUUCAA